UUUUCCUUUUAUAGCACCUACAUAUUACAUUUACCACAUCACUCUAUUUUUUCUAACAUUUUUCAUAAAUAAAAUACUUGAGUGAGAAGUGUGCAGUGGUCUAGUGAGAUGGCGGUGAAGAGCAGGAUACUGAUAAUUGGAGGGACUGGCUACAUUGGUAAACAUAUAGUGGAAGCAAGCGUAAAGGUUGGACAUGACACUUUUGCUUUGGUUAGGGAAUCAACCAUGGCUGACCCCACCAAGGCUAAGCUCCUCCACAAUUUCAAGACUAUAGGUGUUAAUUUGGUCCAUGGGGAUCUCUACGAUAAUGAGAGCUUGGUGAAAGCAAUGAAGCAGGUAGACGUGGUCAUAUCUGCACUCAGUCACACACAUGCUGCUGAUCAAUUGAAAAUCAUCCAUGCCAUUAAAGAGGCUGGUAAUGUUAAGAGAUUUUUCCCUUCAGAAUUUGGGAACGACGUGGAUCGUGUCCAUGCUGUUGAGCCAGCAAAAUCUGUAUUCUCCGUGAAAGCACAAAUUCGACGUAUGAUUGAAGCUGAAGGCAUACCCUAUACAUAUGUAUCUACCAACUCCUUUGCUGGCUAUUUUGUACCAACAUUUGUCCAACCUGGAGCUACAGGUCCACCAACAGACAAAGUCAUUAUCUUGGGUGAUGGCAAUAAAAAAGCUGUCUUCAACAAGGAAGAAGACAUUGGAACCUACACUAUUAAAGCUGUGGAUGACCCAAGGACAUUGAACAAAAUUCUUUACCUCAGACCCCCCAAGAACAUUUACUCAUUCAACGAUGUUAUCGCCUUGUGGGAGAAGAAAAUUGGAAAGACCCUUGAAAAAAUUUAUGUAUCAGAGGAUAAACUUCUCAGGGAUAUUGAAGAGAAACCUUUUCCAGACAAUGUAGGAUUAGCAAUCUGUCACUCAGUGUUUGUGAAAGGUGACCACACAAACUUUGAGAUUGAGCCUUCUUUUGGGGUUGAGGCUUCCGCUUUAUACCCGGAUGUCAACUACACCACUCUGGAGGAAUGUCUUGAUCACUUCAUUUGAGAAUUACAGUUAUAAAAUUGAAGCGAUCAGAUAGAUGUGCGCUAUGCUCUUGUACUUAUUAAUGAUCGAAUAAUUUAAUAAUCUGAUUGAUUUUGUAGCUUAAGAGUUUGACGCCGCAACUGCUCCACCUCUGUUGCUUAUUGCUUCUUAUUUGCUAUGUUAAUCUAUUAAUGUCUUAGCGCACCAAGUUUCUUUUUGUUGAAGACUGUCUUACUGUAAUAUUGUGUAAAGACUGUCUUAUGAAAAUGAUAUGAUGCUUGAGUUUUGGUA